AUGAUUGUACAUACAGAUGAGCAAGAAGUUCUUUCUCAUCAUUUUCCAGCUUUGUCUAACUUAAACCGCUUAGUCCAAUUUAAUUUUUCCUACCCUAGGUUGCUUGACAUUCUUGGCUUGAAGAAAAAUGAAAACCACUCCGAGGUGUCCCGGUUUGUGCUUCUGGGCCUGUCAUCUUCCUGGGAGCUGCAGUUAUUUCUCUUCUUGACGUUUUUACUGAUUUAUGUUGCUAUCGUCCUGGGAAACCUCUUGAUAGUGAUGGUGGUACAGGCUGACGCUCACCUGCUCCAGUCGCCCAUGUACUAUUUCCUAAGCCAUCUGUCUUUCAUUGACCUAUGCUUGAGCUGCGUUGCUGUACCCAAAAUGCUAGGAGAUUUCCUACAGACGGAGAAGACAAUAUCUUUUUCAGGCUGCUUGGCCCAGAUCUUCUUUCUUCACUUUCUGGGAGCCAGUGAGAUGUUCCUGCUGACCGUUAUGGCCUACGAUAGGUACGUUGCCAUAUGCAAUCCUUUGCACUACAUGACUGUCAUGAAUAACCGUCUGCGCCAUCAGCUGGUGUUUGGCUGCUGGUGUGGGGGUUUCAUCCACUCUAUCACACAGGUCAUAGUUGUCAUCCAGCUGCCGUUUUGUGGUCCCAAUGAGCUGGACAACUUCUACUGUGAUGUCCCCCAGGUCAUCAAGCUGGCCUGCAUAGACACCUACUUGGUUGAGGUGCUGAUGGUCUCUAACAGUGGCAUAUUGUCUCUGGUCUGCUUCUUGGUCCUGCUCUUUUCCUACGCUCUCAUCUUGAUCACUCUGAGAACUCACCUCCAUCGGGGGCAGGGCAAGGCACUGUCCCCUUGCACCUCUCACCUGACAGUGGUCAGCCUGAUCUUUGUGCCCUGUGUAUUCAUCUACUUGAGGCACUUCUGCACCUUCUCUGUGGAUAAAGUCGUUUCUGUGUUUUACACAGUGAUCACACCUAUGCUGAACCCCCUCAUUUACACACUCAGAAAUACAGAUAUGAAGCAAGCCAUAGAAAGGCUGAGAAGGAAACAAGUGACAUCUCAUUGCUUUGUUAAAGGAUGA